GGCGAGGAGGGUGAAGAACUCACCGGCAGAUGGGUACCCGUUUCGAAUACUCAACAAACUCGCGCCACGAAACAUCAUUCGCGUUGGAACCUUCCCAGGACGAACAUAUCAAUCUACUAAAUCCGCAUCAUGGCAACCAAAUGGGUUUGGACCAACUCCGCCGGACCGUUUCCCCCGAAUAUGGUGCAGGGUGGCCAGGACAGUGACGGCUGUGGGAUCUUCGUGGGCCGCGCGAACCACAACGGUGAUCUGCUGCCGGCCAAGGUGCUUCCCCAGAAGAAUGCGGCCUACGUUGCGUACGGUGGUGAGGAGGUGCUCGUGGAAAAUUUUGAGGUUCUCUGCCGGAAGGAGCUGGUUUGGGAGCAUGCAACAGGGGGAAGUGUUCCCCAGGAGGCGGUCAUCGGUGGCAAUACGGGGGAUGGGGAGAUCCUGUACGUGGGACGCGCCUACCACGAGGGAUCUCAAACGGUGGGCAAGGUGCAGCGGACGCACGGUUGCAUCUACAUCCCGUACGGUGGAGCGGAAGUGUCUCUGCCGAGCUACGAGGUGCUGUGCGAGCGAUAAGAUGGCGGGGUGGAGCGUUUUUUUUUUGCUGAAAUGAUGAAUGAUUGAUACUACCUUAUUGGAAUAAAUAAUGUGAAUGAUAAAUCUGGAACUAUGCAAAUAAAAAAUAUGGAAAAAUCAUAAA